AUGUUUUCAACAUUUCUGCAAGAUAUCAAUUCUAAAUAAUAAAAAUAUACGUCAAUUUUUUUGAUUUAUAAUAAGGUGUCCGAUUUUGUAAACGGCCUUGUAAGAGAUAUAAGAAAGGAAGAUUCAAAAGUUGUUAAUUUUUAACUCUAAUAUACGAUACUCGUUUUAUAUGAUAAUUUUUAAUUUUAAUGUAAUAACUCUACACACAUACACACACAUACAUGUGAUGAAUAUAACUUCAAGGAAGGUUAUCUUCCACACAUUGUUAAUUUAGUCAAAAUCGGUAGUAAUAAGAAGCAUUGUGAUGUAACCAGGAAGGACUUCAGAUUUCAUAUUAGCAAACUUCAUUGCUCAAAUGUUAAACAAAGAAAAACGUGAAAUGAAAACGAAAGAAAUAUUCAUCCAUGAAUUUUCUUCCAUGUAAAGCGGCAUAUUUGUACGGGUGAAAUAUUUUUGUAAAAUUGACAAGUAUCUCUAUCUAAAAAUGGCAGCAGCGUUGCAGAUGCCGUGUACGUUCGAGUUUUCCAGAGGCAAUGGCACCGGCGUGGCGGAAGCGAUCGGAAAUUGGGGCUUCUCCAACAGGACGUGCAACGCCGGCCAUGAACUGGAACGCAUAAAAUGUCUCUUCGCAAAAAUGGACUCUUUACGCAAACCGUCCGCCAAGCCAAUGUGCGUUAAGUACGAUUGCAGAUACGAUCCUGAGGCUUGGCACGUCAAGCCUAGUCCCGAGGAGUGCAAGCCGGCGUGGACGUUUCCUAUAAAGAGACCUCUAAUUAUUUAUUCCUCCACUUCCACGGUUAUAAAGGUCGCCAAUUUGACCAGCGUCGGGGCGGAGUUACACCAUGUUACACCGGGUCGCACUUAUGUUCAACAAGGCACGUCGAAGUGGUACCGGCGUGGUCCGGACGGUUGCUGCCAACCUAGUUGUUUAGCUCCGCAGUGUCCUGUGCCGUGUUGUCGAGGAUACACUUCCGCUAUUGAUUAGUCGGUGAAUCCGUCAAACUAUUUUCUCGAAAUCGCGGCGUGGUGAUCAAGUAUAUUCCUCGCUCUAGUUGUGGCAUAUAUAUAUAUCUAUCUCUCUCUCUCUCUCUCUCUCUCUCUCUCUCU